AUGGCAAGCGGAGGAGGAGAACCAGCCGGAGAAGCGGUCCAGGACAUGCAAACGGCGAUUCUGCAAAUCACCCAACUCUUGCAGCGGUUUGCAGUUCCCAGGCAGCCAAAUCCGGAACACACAUUGGAAGCCCUUUCUUCCAACAUCAGCAAGUUUUCUUUCAACCCAGAAAAUGGCGUCACAUUCAAGAAAUGGUUCGCACGCUAUACCGACCUUUUCGAGAGCGACGCGCAGCAUUUGGAUGAUGCAGCCAAGGUCCGGCUGUUGCUGCGAAAAUUGGACACCGCUUCCCACAGUCGGUAUUUGAAUUACAUCCUUCCAAGGCUUCCUAAGGAUGUUACGUUCAAGGACACCGUGGAAACGUUAAUCAAAAUUUUCGGAGAACAAACCUCACUUUUCCGACGCCGGUUCCAGUGUCUCCAACUGGCGAAAAGCGAAGGAGACGACAUCAUAACCUACGGCGGAAAGGUAAACCGAGCGUGUGAAGAUUUCGAUUUUGUGAACCUAACAAUCGACCAGUUCAAAUGUCUGGUUUUCGUGACCGGACUGAAGGCAUCCAAGCACGCUGAUAUUCGGACGAGAUUGCUCACCCGGAUGGAAAACGAGAGACCGGACGCACCAGUGACUCUUCAAACUCUCAUCGACGAGUUCCAGCAGCUCGUUAAUCUGAAAGCAGACACCAGCUUGAUUGAGCAUCCAGCCAACUCGAAAGCAGCAGUACACGCCAUCAGUGAGAAGAAGAGACCAUCAGAAGUUCCCAAGCUCUCGUUUAAACCGGAAGCCAAAUCUCCAAAGACGCCGUGCUGGCAAUGCGGCCAGAUGCACUUCGUGAAGGAUUGCACAUACAGCAGCCAUCUGUGCAAAUCUUGCAACCGUGUGGGACACAAGGAAGGGUACUGCGGAUGCUUCACCAAGACUUCAAACACGCCUGCUGGGGAUAAUUCCAACCAAAAGGGUAAGAAGAACCAGUAG